GGUGCGAGUCCACGUCAGACAAAUUUUUCAAGUGCCUGAACGAAAAUUUGCAACCCCAUGGAAAUGAGAAGGCCACCAGCGACGGCUUAAAUCAGUGCCAACCGUUAAAAAUAAAUUAUGAGAAGUGCAUGGAGGAGAAGCUGAAAAAGGUGAAUAAAAAUUCCCUCACGUUUUUGACAUCCUACAAGGAGGGUAAUAAAU